AUGGCGGCUCCGCAACCGGCGGCGGCUGCGCCGAGCGGACUUUUGGAGACAUGUGGUCUGGAACCGAUUCUGGAAGCGCUGAAGCUGCUGCUGAGCCCGGGAGGAUCGGGCUUAAGUUCACUACAGAACACAAAGCAUGAUGUCUUGCUGGAGACCCUAAAAUCUAACCUGUCUGUGCUGGAGGCCAGGUUUCUAAAGGAUGCUCAGUGGAAGAAGCUGAAAGUCCUAAGAGAUGAAACUGCUGGUAAGGCCAAGUGGCUGCAGAGCUCCGAAGAUAUCACCUGGAGUUUCACCUCUCAGACUCUGCUGCUGCUGCUGUGUUUGAAGGAAACCAUGACCCGCCUUGUAGCUGAUUUUAGUCCAGGUACACCCAACCCCAAGACUCCCGAAGCUGCUCCCGCCCUCAGCCCGGAUACACUAAGCGUCUCCCAACAGAAGACCGUCCAGUCGGUUCUGCAGUUUGUAGUCACCUUGGGUGUCUGCCCCUACCUCCUGCCUGGUGUGGGAGUCCCUCUGAAACACAGGACUGAGUUUGGAGCUGUUGUUCAAGACGUAGUACGUCCAGAGGCUGCCCCCCAUGCCACCCGGAGACUGUACACCUGCUGCAGGGUCCUCCUAGAUCUGGCUCAGCAUGCAUCUCUGGGGAGCCUGAUUUUCUGCCGCCAUUUUGGGGAUAUUGCAGCAGGUCUGUGCCAGCUGGGGUUCUGCCCAACCAAAAGAAAACCACCAGCCCCCGUGGAAGAGGUUUUAACGGAAGAGGAAAGAGUCCUAUCGAGGGGAGCCUUGAGAGACAUCUUGGAUCAAGUCUACCAACCAUUAGCUGUCCGGGAAUUACUUAUUCUCCAGGGAGGACCACCCCAGUCCUGUACAGAUGUAAAGACACAGCUUAGGUGUCAGGCCCCAGCCUGGCUUCGGCGUCUGUGUGGGCAGUUGCUUUCUGAAAGGUUGAUGAGACCCAACGGCGUUCAGGCAGUAGUCCGGGGCAUUUUGGAAGGAGCAGGUGCGGGUGCUGCUGGUGGGAGUGAUGCCGAGGCCACAGCUGCUGACUGGAAGAAAUGUGACUUGAUUGCAAAGAUUCUGGCCUCUUGUCCCCAGCAGUCUCUGUCCCCAGAGAGCUACUACAAGGACAUCUGCCCUCAGAUUCUGGACUUAUUCCAUUUUCAAGAUAAAUUGACAGCACGGCAGUUUCAGAGAGUGGCCACGACCACCUUCAUAACUAUGUCGAGGGAACACCCAGAGCUGGCUCCGAAGUAUUUGCUUCAGCCCAUGCUAGCUCCUCUGCAUCGGUGCUUGACCACAACAGAGAUUCCAGAGAAUAAUAUGGUGCCAGGAACUAUUUUGGUGACUGAGGAAGAACUUAGUCGAUGUAUUGAAGAUGUAUUUAAGGUGUAUGUAGUGGCAAACGAGCCUCUCCCAGUAUUGCUGGAUGCCCUGCUUCCGCUCCUCGGGGUGAUCUUUUCUCUCUACUGUUUUACCAGUCAGAGUGUGUCUCACAUAAGGUCGCUUUGCCAAGAGAUCUUGUUAUGGAUUCUGGUGAAGCUGGAAAGGAAGAAGGCAAUUGCCAGCCUGAAAGGAUUCUCGGGGUUGGACAAAGCUGUGCCCUCCCUCCAUCCUCAGUGUCAGUUUAGAGCUGCCAUGCACGGUGGCGUUGUGAUUACCGUCCAAGAGACCGUUAGUAAUGACGAAGAUGAAGCCCUGUACCAGAAGGUGUCUUCGGAGCAGAGCCAGAUUGAACAUCUUGGGGACUUGCUGUCCCACUGCCAACAGUGUGGUUUGGCAGGAGACUUCUUCAUCUUUUGUUUGAAGGAGUUGUCUCAUCUGGUAGUGGAAAAUGAAGCAGAGUUCAAACCCACGCUCUCCUGUUAUACAAGCCUGCUGGAACUGGAGCAACACCAGGCUCUGCUUAUAGAAGAGCAGGAGCGAAAGCUGCUGGUGCUGCAGUUGCUGGCUGUCCUGUGCGAGAGGAUGUCUGAGCAGAUAUUCACGCACAUAUCUCAGGUAGUUGACUUUGUAGCAGCAACACUGCAGAGAGCGUGCGCAAGUCUGGCUCAUCAGGCAGAGAGCACCGUGGAAUCCCAGACACUGAGCCUGUCAAUGGGGCUGGUGGCUGUCAUGCUGGGAGGGGCUGUUCAGUUGAAGUCAAGUGAUUUUGCAGUCCUGAAGCAGCUGCUGCCUCUGUUGGAGAAGGUCUCUAAUACAUACCCUGACCCUGUCAUCCAAGAACUUGCUGUUGAUCUCCGAAUUACCAUCUCUACUCAUGGAGCCUUUUCCACGGAGGCUGUCAGCAUGGCUGCCCAAAGUACCCUGAACAAAAAAGACCCGGAAUGGAAAAUAGAGCAGCAACAAACCAGUCAUGACACACUCACAGAAGUAGCUCCGGACCACCCAAAACAAGAGCAGGACCCUCCUAAAGCAGAGCAGGAGUCUCAUGAGCCUGGCAUUGCGGCAAGUCAGCCACAUAGAAACAUAACCUCAGAACAGUUCCAGGAGGUUCUCUUAUCAGCCUGUGAUCCUCAGAUUCCAACCCGGGCUGCUGCCCUGCGCACUCUUUCCCGCUGGGUAGAGCAGAGAGAAGCGAUAGCCCUCAAGGAUGAAAAGAAGCUUCUCCAGAUAUUCUUGGAGAACUUGGAGCAUGAAGACACUUUUGUGUAUCUGUCUGCAAUUCAGGGGGUUGCCCUUCUCUCAGAUGUGUACCCUGAAGAAAUCUUGGUUGACCUGUUGGCCAAAUACGAUAGUGGCAAAGAGAAGCACACUCCAGAGACCAGAAUGAAAGUUGGAGAGGUCCUGAUGCGAAUUGUCAGAGCAUUAGGGGACAUGGUCUCAAAAUACCGGGAGCCUUUGCUCCACACAUUCCUGAGGGGAGCGAAAGAUCCAGAUGCUGCACACAGGGCCAGCAGCUUAGCCAACCUGGGAGAGCUGUGCCAGCGCCUGGACUUCCUGCUGGGCCCUGUGGUUCAUGAGGUGACAGCCUGCCUGAUUGCUGUAGCUAAGACCGACAAUGAUGUUCAAGUGCGCAGAGCCGCGAUCCAUGUGGUUGUGCUGCUGCUGCGGGGACUCAGCCAGAAAGCAACUGAGGUGCUGAGUGAUGUCCUCAAGGAUCUCUAUCACCUGCUAAAGCAUGUGGUGCGUCUGGAACCCGAUGAUGUGGCCAAGCUACAUGCCCAACUUGCCCUGGAAGAGCUAGAUGAGAUCAUGAGGAACUUCCUGUUCCCUCCCCAGAAGCUGGAGAAGAAGAUCGUGGUCCUGCCAUAGUCCUGGUUCCUAGGACCUGGAAGACUGGGAGGGACCAAGCAGCCAAAGCAGUGGCCAUACACCUCCCAGCAGAUGGCUCCACCUCCUUGGUGCUGGCAAUAUGGCAGGCUUUAAGGUAGCUCUGUGGUGCUGGGCACUUGGUGUUCAGGGCUACCUUUCUAGAGCGUCCAUUUAGGCUCCUGCAUCUGGCCCAGAGCGUGUGCAGUUAGAAGGGAAAGGAUGAAUCCCAUCUAAUCUGCACAUUUUCAUUGUCCUGUGCUAUUUAGAGGAGAUGCGCAUGUGACUAUGGACCAUUUUCUUGCAGCUGGAGAGGCUGCCUGCACAGGUCCUAUCUUGAUAUUCUUUCAUGGUGAGAUGAUUCUGCCUAUGAUGAGGAGCAGGCAGAGCUGUCGCGUUUGGCUGUAAAAGAGUCAUGUGGGUGUGCAGCUGUGGGAAGGGGAAGGAAACAUUACUUAAACGUACGAAAAGGAAUAAAAUUACCUUGUUGGAAUAAUCAGCCAGGCUGACUCUGGUCGUUGAGCUGAUUGACGCUCGCAGAAAGAAAGGAGUAAGCACUGUUUGUCCUCUAGGGCCAUUUUCUUUUGCUCCCUCUGCUCCUUUUUUGUUUGGUUUGGUUUGUUUUUCAAGACAAGGUUUUCCUGUAUAGCUCUGGCUGUCCUAGAACGCUCUGUAGACCAGGUUAGCCUUGAACUCAGAGAUCCACCUGCCUCUGCCUCCUAAGUGCCUCCUAAGUGAUUAAAGGCGUGCACCACCACUGCCUGGCUCCUCUGCCCAUUUGCAGGGUGAAAACUGAGACAGUGGAAUAGACUUUCUGAGAAAAGGCAGACAGAAAAUGUGUUAUAUAUGGGUGGCCUGCCACCAGCUCAUUGAAACAAUCUCAGAUGUAACACUGUGGUUGCUGACUCAUUUAUUUAUAUAUUUUGGUGUUUUCAUUGCACAGGAAGAAAGGAAGAAAGAAAGAAAAGAGAUUGAAGACUGAGGAGAUACCUCAGUCCCUAAAGUAUUUGCUAUGCAGCAUGAAGACCUCAGCUCAGUCCCCCAGCAUCCAAGUGAAAAGGCUGCUUGUGGCAGCACAUGCCUAUAAUCCAGCACUGGGAGGAGAGACAGGCACAUCAAUGAGGCUCACUGGCCAGCCAGCAUAAAAAAAAAAAAAAAAAGAGCCAAGUACUCAAGAGUCAGGGAGGCAGGUGGAUCUCUCUAAGUUCGAGGUCCACCUGGUCUACAAGUUCCAGGACAGCCAGGGGCACACAAAGAAACCCUGUCAUGAAAAAAGCCAGGCAGUGCCUCUUGAGAAACAGCACCCAAGGUUGUCAUCUGAUCCACACACAUACACAGUGUGCAUGUACCCUCACCAUCAUGCACAUACACACACGAAGAAGAAACUGGCUGGUUGCCUCAGAUAAGCCCACUCUGUUGCCCACCUUGACACGUCUAAUCGGGAGUUUCCUGGUUCUCAGCACCACAGGGCUAAGCAUGGAACUUUGUCCGAGACUUUCUCCCUACUUUCUGCUCUAAAUGAAGCAGAACCCAACUCUGACGGCAUGCUGACACACACAUGCUCCUGCCUGUCAACGACAAGCCAGGUUACAGCGGGGCCUCGGCUCAGCCUUCCUCAUAGGCUUCCCCAGAAAGGGGUAUCCCUAGAAAGGGGCUUCCCCCAGAAAGGGGCAGCUCACAGUUACAAACCACAGUCAGCCUAGCGAGCCAAGGGGCAGUGGUGGUGCACACCCUUGACCCCAGCACUCAGGAGCCAAUUCCAGGCCAGCCAGGGCUACACAGUGAGGCUGUCUUAGGGGGAAAUCAGAACAGAGGCCCAUGAGUGCUUUGAGGGAAUAUUCCUGUUCAGCUAGAGCAAUAGCAUUAGUUGUAUUUUUCAGAUCGAGAAUGUCCAUAAAUCAGGGUUGGUGUUUUUAAGACAAGGAUUUUCUUAGAUCACCUGGACAAACGUGAAAAUCCUCUUCCUUCCUUCCUUCCUUCCUUCCUUCCUUCCUUCCUUUCUUCCUUUCUAUUUUUCUGUUUGUUUGUUUUGUUCUGGUUUUUGUGUGUUUUUUUGUUUUUCGAGACAGGGUUUUUCUCUGUGUGGCCCUGGCUGUCCUAGAACUCCUUCUGUAGACCAGACUGGCCUCGAUUAGCGUUUAGAGUACAAACAGCUUAGGGCUGGAGAGAUGGCUCAGCAGUUAAGAGUGCAUGCUGUGCUUGCAGAGGACCCAAGUCUGGUUCCCAGCACCCACAUCAGGCAGCUCCACCUCUGGCCUCUGAGGGCACCAGCACUCAUAUGUACACAUACACACAAAUCAUUUUUGAAAUUAUUUACAUAUACAUAUAUGUAUGUGUACACACACCCCACACGUAUAUAAUUGAAAAGGAGAAAGCCUGCUCAGACCUACAGGUUGACUAUGUCAGGAGGUCCAUGUAACUGUCCAUGGUAGCACUGACUUGAGGACCUUCUCCAUCUGAAUCCGUGUGCCCCUCAGAGCCUCUUAGCCCGUUUAGCUCCAUGUAUAAGAUGACUUAUAUUUGAACUAUUUAUCAAAAGACUCAAAGUAUUUGACUUUGUUGAUUUUGGUAUGCUUAAUUUAAGAGUAAUUUUUUCUUCCUGACUUCAAAUUCAAAGAGAAGAUAAUUUAAUGUAACCCUUCUAAACAUUACCAAAUUAUUAAAAAUUAUCAAAUAACUCUUCUAAGCCAUGCAUGGUAGUUAAUUCUUAUAACCACAGCACUCAGGAGGUUAAGGCAGGAGGUUUCAGUGAGUUCAAAGUCAGACAGUAGGACAGUUUGUUGCGCUCUCCCACCAAAGCACUGAGAGCAUAGCUCAUAGCAAAAGAGCCAAACUAUCCUUAGGGAGCUUGUGCUGUAGUGAGUUCAAGGACAGCCAGAGCUUCAUAAAGAGACCCUAUGGUGGUCACCUUUAAUGUGGCGCACGCCUUUAUUCCCAGCACUUGGGAGGCAGAGGCAGGCAGAUUUUUGGACACUCAAG